CCUCGAGCUCUGGGAUGCUGAGGCAGAACAGAAGCGUAUCGGCGGCACCACGAGUGAGACGCAGAAUGAGAUGUAAAUGGAGAUGCCAUGCUUUCGCCAAGAAUCUGGACAUUCAUUCAGUUUUAAAGUGCUUCACAUUGAAUUGCAAAAAGCAUCUCUUCUCUCUAAAGCAAUCCAUUAUUGACAAUUGAUGUCAAAACACAUGCUUGAGCAGCUUAAUGCUGCCUCACUGGGUGAAACCUCACUAAUGGAAGGAAAACCUUAUAAGAGCCAGCUCAUCAAAAUACACCUAAGACUAGCAUAAUGCCUUCGAAAGUAUCAUGUUUAUACAUCCUGACAGUGGUUUGCUGGGCCAGCGCAUUGUGGUACUUGAGCAUUUCGCGGCCGACGUCCACAUAUGUUGGUCACAUGGCUAUGCCUAAACGUAGGAUUGUGAAACCUCCUCCCAAAAACAUCACAUUCACCAACAUCCGCACGCGCCCCCUCAACCCACAUGCCUUCGAAUUUGUAAUAAAUGAGCCGAAGAAGUGUGAAAGCAUCACGCCCUUCCUGGUUAUUCUCAUCAGCACCACACACAAGGAGUUUGACGCACGGCAGGCCAUCCGAGAGACCUGGGGCGAUGAGGGCACUUAUAGCGACAUCCACAUUCUCACCAUCUUUCUUCUGGGGAGGAACACAGACGACGUGCUCAACCAGAUGGUGGAACAGGAGAGUCAGAUCUUUCAUGAUAUUGUAGUGGAGAACUUUAUUGAUUCAUAUCACAAUCUCACCCUCAAGACUCUAAUGGGCAUGCGCUGGGUAGCGACAUUCUGCCCAAAGGCUCAAUAUGUCAUGAAGACAGACAGUGACAUCUUUGUCAACAUGGACAAUCUUAUUUACAAGCUUCUAAAGCCCAGUACCAAGCCCAGAAGGAGAUACUUCACAGGCUAUGUGAUAAACGGUGGUCCUAUCAGAGAUAUGCGCAGCAAGUGGUACAUGCCCAGAGACCUAUACCCUGAAAACAAAUACCCGCCGUUUUGCUCAGGCACUGGCUACGUGUUCUCCGCAGAUGUAGCCGAGCUAAUCUACAAGACUUCGCUGCACACCAGACUGUUGCACCUGGAGGACGUGUAUGUGGGGAUGUGUUUGCGUAAACUAGGCAUCCACCCUUAUCAGAACAGUGGGUUCAACCACUGGAAAAUGGCUUACAGUCUUUGCAGGUACAGGCGUGUCAUCACAGUCCAUCAGAUCCCCCCGGAGGAGAUGCAUCGCAUCUGGAAUGAUAUGUCCAGCAAGAAGCACCUCAGAUGUUAGGAGACAUGAGGAUCAACAAAGAACAACUCCAAUUUAUCCAGCUGACCCCUUACCAACCUCAUUUACUUUGGCCUUUAUAUCUUAUUACAAAUUGUCACAUUUAAUCAUGUAAGAACCUGCAGUUGCUUCUGCAAGUCCAUGUUUUAUGACACAUGGAUUGAUUAGCAUUAGCAUUAGCAGUUUGUAUAGUCUCUCACUCUUAAAGCAGUUGUUAAGGAGUUUUAAAGUUGGGUUCUGUUAAAGUGUUUAACAUCUUUCCUGGAGAAUACAACUCUUAAGCAUGUUCAUUAAGUAUAAAUCUAGUUUGGUUUCUUCCAGAGGCUGAAACCUAUAUUCUAAAGCAGGAUAAAAGCAGAAUGUCUUAUACCACUCCAGUGAAAACAAUAUCACAAUUGUCUAACACACCUGAAAUUGCUGACUUACCUCCACAGUAUGCAGCCAAGUUCUCCAGAGUCUUGCUAAUGACCUCAUUUAUUAGACUCAGAUGUGUUGAAGCAGACAUGUCUAAAAAUGGUCCCUCGAGGACUGUAGUUAAAGACCCCUACCCAAGAGAGACCUAAAGAUUUUUGAACAUGGUGCCAUUUUUGAACAAUUGCACAAUCUUGGAGGAUUUCCAGACUAGUUUUAAGCAUCUAAAUAGCACUGUUAGCUGUUUUUAAAUAUAUAAUUUUAGCAGAUGAUGGAAGCUUUGUAAUCUUUGUACUAUAAAGUUUAAUGGGAGCAAUUGAUACUGUUGAUUUCACAGUUUGUAUCUGGUGUCUGGAGCAUUUCAGUUACAGCCUAGGACUGGCAUAAAAAAAGAAAUUGCUGAUCUUAAUAUCAACAAGUUUCUGUCUGCUCCAGCACCUCUUUUAUGUGGAGUUCCUUGGAUUCUGUCUUUUCCUCUUUUCUUUUUUUGUCUGUACUUACUCCGUUUGGCAUCAAGUCAUUGUAAGCUUGGAAUUUUCCAACGUACAAUGAAAGUAAAACAUAGGGUGUUAUAUUCUGCCAUAUCAGUAUUUAUGAACAUAUUGCUAAUAAAUUGGGCAUAAUUAUGGUUUUGGAAAAUUAAUAAACAGAUAAGCCUCACUUUGCAGAAAAGACUUUUAUAAAUAGAUAUGACAGCAAAAGCUAUAAAGACAACAACUAGAGAGAGUAAUACACACGUUACAACUCACCUUGGUUACUACAGUGCACUUUAAGUUGAGGUCAACCACAGCCUUUUUCACACCAGUAGCUUGCUCAAAGUGCUGUUUUACCGUAUCCUACGGAAAUCUGGGUUUGUAAAGUGGUAGCUCCCAAACUUUGCAAUUUUAAAGUUACCUUUAAAAUUAGACAAGGAUCUUUUUUAUUGUAUUGAGGUUUAUUUUUUAAACAUAUCUAGUGCCUUUUGGCAUAGUUUAAGUGGCAACAUUUCUUUUUUCUUUUAACCUUUUCUUACAUGUACUUAACAAAUAUAAGAUUUAGUAGAUUUAGUUACAUAAAAAAAUAAUUGCUUUGUAUAUAUACAUAUAUAUAUUGUUUUAUUUUAUUUUUUUUAUGUCCUCACAUUAACUGUGUAUAAUGUUUUGACAGAGCCCCACUUCAGAAGUCCUAAAAUAGCUCUUUAAAUGCUGGGUUGUUACUAGUAGGUUUUUGCUACUUUGUAAGGCAUAUGCCAAUCUGAAGAAAGCACUAACUGCUGUGGCUUGCCCUGUAGAGACAGUGCAGACAUUCAGACAUUUCCAAUGCAUUUUAAACCUAUUCUCCCCUUUACUGCAAGUGUCCUUGAGCAACAAUCUCUCCUGGCUCCCCAGCUGCUGACCCUCCUAGAGUGCAAUCCAAAAGAAUGUGAAGAAAAUAAAUAUAUAUUGCAUUACUUGUAUAUUAGAGGUCUAAAUAAUGAUCUCUAAAAAAGUAUAGUUUAGGAGACCUUCGGAAGCAUGAGAUUGCAAGUGCAACCCUGAUGACCAUGCUUCUGACAUGUGCUCUCAUGCUCUUUACUCCCUUUCUCCAUCUUUUUAAUAAGGUUAAAUAUAAAAAUACAGUCUAUUAUUAGUGUCAAAAUUCAAGUAGGGUGAAAUGAUAGUCUAACACAACAGAGUUUAUAUUAAGAGUGUGGAAAAGUUGCAACUUUUUCAUGAUGAAUACGCCUGAUGUUUUUGUUUACAUACAAUCAUCAUCACAUUGCCUUUUUUCUUCCAAAAUAAGCAGCGUGUAUGUUUUGGAUAGUAGACACAUUUUCUUGUUUUCUUACUUUGGCAUUUCAAUGCCAGAGUAAGAGUAAUUAUGUGUCUCGGCUACCAGCCUCUCAUUACUGUAGCUGCUGCUCUUGGUUAUGUGUGUUGUAUAUCAGCAGCUGUUUCAGCUCAUCAGCUGCUACGCGCACCAAGAAAAGCACUGCAUCGUGCCGUGCAAGACUCUUGUUAUGUCGAGCUGGGAUCAUUACAGACUGGAUGUAUUGUAAUAUGUAUCUGGCAUAUCAGUGGCUGCAGAAUCACUGUCACUGUAUAAACAACAUGGGAAAAUCUAGCUCUCUCAGAGAAAAUGUGGCUCCGGUGGCCAAUUAUUCUUUUCCUUUUUAUUUUCACUGAGGUUUUGUAGUCUUAUAAGCUAAUGUGACAUUUACUGUGAAAGCUUUUAUCCCAUAAGGGGACUGUUGUUAUAUAUUGUAUGUUUUUAUACAAAAAAAGAAAUACUUGAAUAAUUACAAUUAAAUCAGUACUUUCA